UCGUUUGCUUUCUUAUGUCUGCUGGAUAAUCGAGCGACUACAUUUCCCAUGAGCACCACGGUUUGGGAAACUACACAAACAAGGCAACAUGUCGAGAGUGGUCAACUUCCUGAAGGAUACUUGGGGUAAAGAGCCUGUUAUAGUGUCCUCCUUUGUUAUUGCUGGAAUAGGUCUUGUUUUGCCAUUAAUCAGCCCUUGGACAAAGUAUGCAGGGAUGAUAAAUAGAGCAACACCGUAUAACUAUCCGGUUCCUGUGAGAGAUGAUGGCAACAUGCCUGAUGUUCCAUCUCACCCAUGUGAAAUGAAAGGAGACCGACUAGAAUGGUUUAAAAACUUCUGACCUAACUUUAAAAGUAAACACUUGAGCUGUACUGUUGGUUCUUGCCUAUUUACAGUAAUUCACCAGUUUUGGAUGCCCAAUAAUAAAAUUUAUUUAAGUGAU